GGGCGGGGCUCCCCCACCACCUCGCGCCCAGCACACACUGCCCUGGGCACAGCCAUGCGUCCUGCCGGGGUGCUGCUAGCCGUCUGCACCCUGGUCCUGGUUGCCACCGGGGGCCCUUCACAAGAUUUUUGUUCCCAGAUCCUGGACUCAGGUGUGAGGCCAGGAUGCCCCAAGACCAUCAAGACCAAUGACCCUGAUGUGCUCAGGGCAGCCAGACACAGCGCUGAGAGCUUCAACAACUGCAGCAAUGAUGCCUUCCUAUUCAAGGAGUCGCACAUCAGCAAGGCCCUCGUCCAGAUAGUGAAGGGCCUGAAGUUUAUGCUGGACAUGGACAUCAGCAGAACCACCUGCAAGAAGCUGGGCCACCACGCGAGCCUGGACAACUGCAGCUUCCAGACCAACCACAGCCUGCAGUGGACCUUCAGCUGCUACUCUGAAGUGUGGGUCGUCCCCUGGCUCCAGAGCGUUGAGGUCUCUGUUCUCCGAUGCCACUGACGCCUGCCUCCCAGCUGCAUCCCUGCUGCCCCAUUGGGCUCUCAAGAGCAGAGAGCAGUACAAGGGCCACAAAGUGCCACACGGCUGGGCGGGAAGGAGGCCCUGCUGCAUGAACUCAGUCUUCCGAUGCGAUGACCCCUGGGGGUCCCCACCCACUGCCCUGCCACCCCAGCCCGUGAGCAAAGCCUGGACUCAUCCUCUGUCUGAAUUGGCCCAGCACCGAGCAGACACCGUGGCCUCUCAGUGAACCAUCAGGAAUAAACAAAGAACUGAAUGCCUCAAA